AUGUUCAAGUGUACAUUUCGUUUACCUGGUCCCUCCAGUAUAAUAAGAGGGAGUAAGGCAUUUUCUACAUCCAAAAUUAUCAAUAGUAAGGUACCAAAAGUCGACAAGCAUAUUGAUUUUUUGUCCAAGUUCUAUACACCAGAAUUAUUACAAAGUAUCAAGAUUACUGAGUCAUUGGUGGAUCCAGAGACUGUAUUAGAGUUGAAAAAGCAAGGAGAAAAAACCAAAUCGAGGGUAGCCCCAUCAGAUGAAUCGUCAGACUACUCAACCACUGAUCCAAAAUGGACCGAGCCUAUCAUAUAUCCAAACCAACCCAAGAAUCACUCUCCUUAUCCACCUAUUCCCCAAAUCCAAGCAGCCGACAGAACUGAUUUAGCCUUGCGUUUCAAGCCGGAAGCUGGCCCUAAAAAAUUUUCGUCUGCAUUGAAGGGUAAAAGGGAAAUCGCCGAAGGUUUAGCUAAGUUGACAGGUUUAGAUCAACGUUAUAUAUCAAACCUUUAUGUGCGUCCGAUUGUUAUGAAGAGAGUUUCGUGUCAAACUUCGAAAGGUAAGAUUCCUAACUUCUAUGCCUUGACUGUCGUGGGUGACAAAAAUGGUAUGAUUGGUUUAGGUGAAGGUAAGUCAAGAGACGGUAUGAGAACUGCAUUGGUCAAGGCCCACUGGAACGCAGUAAAAAACUUGACUCCUAUUCCAAGAUAUGAAAAGAGAACCAUUGUAGGUGACAUUGAGUACAAAUUCCAUGCGGUCAAAUUAUUUAUUAAGUCGGCUCCAUCUGGGUUUGGUUUGAGAGUCAAUCCUAACAUCUUCGAAGUGUGCCAGGCUGCUGGUAUCAAAGACUUGAGAGGUAAGAUCUACAAGUCUAGAAACCCAAUGAACGUAACCAAAGGGUUCGUUGAAGCCUUAACCAAGCAAAGACCUUUAGAGGACCUUGCUGCUGGUAGAGGUAAGAGAUUAGUAGAUUUGAGAAAAGUAUAUUAUUCAGCUUAA